AUGCUGUUUAGAAACCACCUCAGCUUGAGGGGGUAUUCAAAUCAAGGCUUUGAGGCAGCACACUCAUUACAGCGUCAGUUAUAUUCAAAGGCUACUUCCUGUGACAGGCAUGGUCAUGCUACAUCAAGUUAGUUUUAUAUUUUACUUUUUUAGUACUUUAUUUUUUAUAUUAUCAAACAUCUCAACACUACAGUACUUGAAACUAAUAUUGUCACCUACUUAAAUAUUGUUAGAACUGAACUAACAACUCUUUUUGUAGAAAGGCUAGGAAGCUCAUCAUAUGUCAUUUUCACAUUGUUUUGUGAUACCACAGAUGAUGCACAGUUCAUAAAGAUAUGAAAAGCUCUUGAAUUUUAGCUUCAGUCAAUUGAAAAUCCUUGAACUUUAAAUCUCGUUUUGAAUAUCCUUUAAUCUUAAGAUCUUUCAUCGUUAGCAAAAUAAUUUCCUGUUGGAGAAUAUCCAUAGGUAUUAAAGAUACCUUUAGCAUCAGUUUUUCAUGGGAUACUGCAAACUGUAAACUGCAGUCUGCAGUCACCCAUUUACAGUUUCACUUUGCCUGGAUUUUGAAAUUUAGGCAGACAUUCAUUGUUUAUCACCAGCUCUAACUAGUACAUCAGAGGGUGGUGUAGAAAGCUGCUUUUUAAAUGUAAGGCUGAACAAUAAUAUUAUUGUUAGUGGCAAAAACAUUGCUGUAAGUCACCUACUGCUGUAAGCCCUUCCUGCCAUUAAAACUUAAAUUGCGAACUGCGAACUGCAAACGCGACCAGAAGACCACUUGUUCUCAUAUUUGAGACCUGUUUGCAGUGUCCCAUGCAUGAAAAACCUGAUGCUAAAGGUCUUUAUUGAAAUUUUAAAUGCCAAUUUACAGUUAGUAUUGAAGUCAUUGUUCAAGGCAUACCAUAUUAGUAAAAUAUCAGUUUUUGGGAGCUAAACUGUACAUGUUCUUGAAUAUUAUGUAUCUUAUUGUGUGAAAACUAGAAUCCAUUGGGGAAAAAGGCAAAGUCUGGUUUAAUCACAUGUUUUUGUUGGUAUUGAAGUUUGGCACUUUUGAAUAAUCAACUUUAUUUCAUAUAUUAAGUCCAACAGAUUUUGCAACAUUUCUUUUCUGAAGAGUUGCUGUUCCUGUGGCUUUGCUUCAGAAUGGCUAUAGAGAGCAUGGAAAANUGCAGUGUCCCAUGCAUGAAAAACCUGAUGCUAAAGGUCUUUAUUGAAAUUUUAAAUGCCAAUUUACAGUUAGUAUUGAAGUCAUUGUUCAAGGCAUACCAUAUUAGUAAAAUAUCAGUUUUUGGGAGCUAAACUGUACAUGUUCUUGAAUAUUAUGUAUCUUAUUGUGUGAAAACUAGAAUCCAUUGGGGAAAAAGGCAAAGUCUGGUUUAAUCACAUGUUUUUGUUGGUAUUGAAGUUUGGCACUUUUGAAUAAUCAACUUUAUUUCAUAUAUUAAGUCCAACAGAUUUUGCAACAUUUCUUUUCUGAAGAGUUGCUGUUCCUGUGGCUUUGCUUCAGAAUGGCUAUAGAGAGCAUGGAAAAUGGUGAUUAUCUUCUAAAAUGUUUGCCUGCUAGAAACAUUAUAUAAUGGAACUUCUUUUUAUGUCAGUCCCUUAGAUGUGUAGUCAAAUGUAUUCUCCCUGGUUGAGACAACGUUAUGUAAAAAACUGAGAGUUGUGUAUUCCUAUAAAGAGCAUACACUAUAUUCAAUGACAACAUUACUAUGCACUUUAACUUUUUCUACCUGGAAUCAGGUGAGAUAACAUUAAUAUGUUGUCAUUCUUCCUCUUGAGCAGUAGAAAACUAACCACAUAAAAACUUAGAGCUUAUUGAACACAGUCUGUUAAAAUCUUUUUUGUUGUUGUUGUUUUAACUGUGACUGGUUCCAUUAUUCUGCCAAUGCCAAUGUUUUUUUUUUGUAUGUCAGGUAAACCAUUCCAUUCUAGAGGCUGCGGUUGGUCCAGAAAAAAAGAUGAUCAAAGGAUGACAUGGCCUGAAGUUUCACCAUGA